GCUCAUUCCAAGAUGGCGCUGCGCACGGUUUGUGUGGCUGCCUUGCGGAAUGGGACAGAUUUAGGGGUCAAUAAUGCGAGGACGUUUGUCACAACAGCAUUCCUCUGCAAACAGACACCCCCUCUGGGUCCAAUGCCAAAUGAGGAUAUUAACACCAAGAGACUGCGGUCAUUAGAGAGGUACCGCAGCUACAAUCGUUACUUCAGACAAGCCGGGGAGGCAAAGAACAAACCUGUGUGGUGGAAGACUUACAGGGGCUACGUGGAACAAGCUGAUCCGGAGCAUGGCGCUGAGCGAGUGGAUGUCGGACUGCCGUACUGUCGACCCCGCAGCACCAAAGAAGUGAAGGAGAGGAAUCAGUUGUUAAAGGACAACAAGAAGAACGCUGAGCUGGAGAGAACUUCCCGUCUGCGCACUUUUAAGAUCUCUUUGGAUCAAGUGCAGAAAACCUGGGAGAACACCGGUGGUCCGCUUCACAUCAAGAGGCUGGCAGACCACUACGGGGUCUUCAGAGAUCUCUUCCCCAUGGCUUAUUUUGUACCUCAAGUCAUACUCAGCAUCCACUACAGCCGGGACAACAGCGGUCAAUUGUAUUUUGGGAAUCAGCUGACACCUACUGAAGCAGCGUCUGCCCCUCAGAUCAGCUUCGAUGCAGAGGAGGGCUCCCUGUGGACCCUCCUGCUCACCUGUCCAGAUGAGCAUCUUCUGGAUAAUGAGGCAGAAUACGUCCACUGGCUAGUAGGGAACAUACCAGGUGGAGCCGUGCAGGCUGGAGAGGAGCUGUGUCACUACCUGCCUCCCUUUCCCGCCAGAGGAACCGGCUACCACCGCUACAUUUACGUGCUCUUCAAGCAGGACGGACACGUCAAUUUCCAGGAAGAUCUCAGGCCGUCACCAUGCCAUUCCCUGGCGGAUCGUACCUUCAAAACAGUGGAUUUCUACAGAAAACACCAGGACAGCAUGACGCCGGUGGGCCUGGCUUUCUUUCAGAGCCAGUGGGAUGAAUCUGUCACCGACACAUUUCACAACACACUCAACAUGAAGGAGCCGGUGUUCGAGUUCAUCAGGCCUCCGGUAUACCACCCUCCACAGGUCAAAUACCCCCAUCGACAGCCCCUACGCUACCUGGACAGAUACAGAGACGGGAAGGAGCACACCUAUGGAAUAUACUGAUUAUGACACAUGCGCAGCAGAGAACAUCCAAACAUAUAUUCCUGCAUAUGUGGAAUUACGUUCAACAUAUUUAUGUUUUAAUAGAAACAAUAAAGCAUUUUUCAACUGUGGUGAGAUUGUAUUAUAUUUACCUUUGUUAAGGACCUCGUAUUGGACUCACUAACAAUGUUUCUCUCAUUAGUCUGACAUUACAAAGGCUUCAUUUAUAAUCUGUCAUUAUUUUUCCCAGUAAACAUCUGUCACUGUCGGGGAGAAUCAGUUGAUAAACUUGAUAGGAGAGGUUGUGUUUCAGCCAAGUUAUGUGAAUAAAAGCCACACUGCUCAGCCAAAA